AAAAUCCCUUAAAAAAUUCUCUCUUUCUCGUUUCUUAUUCUUCCUCCUCCUCCUCUGCUUUGGAAACAUUCCGGCGAGUUCGACGAAAACAAAAAGAGAAGAUAAAAAUGGCGGCACUAGACAUGGCGAAGAUAACGGAAUAUCUGGAGAGAUCGAUGCAGAAGAAUUGUUCAAUGAGUAAGCAGGGAAGGAGGAGUGUCGUCGGAGAUGGGCUUGGUAUGACCGACGAGAGCGACGAUCAUAUCCCGAUCUCAGAUAGAAACUUGGAGCUCAAUUCUCACAUCUCUAUUCCUUCUCAUUUGGAACAGUGUCUUGAUCUCAAGACAGGAGAGAUUUACUACAUAAACUCGAACAAUGGAAUGAGAGUGAAGGAAGAUCCGAGGACAUUAGUAAGCAACAACAAUGCAGAUAAAUUGACAUUGGUGAGCAACAACAAUGCAGAUGAAUUCAGUGAAGAAUCGGAUAUAUCUGUGUUUUCAGAAGAAGAUAGCUCGUAUUAUGAAAGCGAAGAAUCUUCAUCAGAGUCAUCAAGAGAGAAUCACAAAGAAGAAGAAGAAGUUCUGGUGGUAGCUGGUUGCAAAGCUUGCUUCAUGUAUUUGAUGGUCCCUAAACUCUUAAAGGAAUGCCCCAAAUGUUCAGCACAGCUUCUCCACUUUGAUCGAUCUCACUCUGCUUCUCCUUAAUUAACAACCUCUUUCUUUGUUGUUUGUUUUUCUUUCUUUCUCAUGUUCAUCUCUCUUCAAAUAGUUAUGUAGGUUUCCUAUCAUUUCUUCCUCUUCUUUUUAUCUCUUAAAUCGUAUAUGUAUAAACUAUUGGUCGUGUUGUGUCUGAGUGGCAUUAACACGAGAUUUGAUGGCAAUGUUUCAA